AUGGCGCCCUCGGGUCACCAGCAACACCGCAUCCAGAAUGCGCAUGCGUGGCUCUGCAGGUGGUGCACGAACGAGAAGACGGGCGAGAGAUGGUGGAACAGGGCGGAUUGCACGUUCUGCAAGUCGUGCAAGGUCGCCAAGGGCGCAGCCUACUUCGGCCCGCGCCCAGCAGGGAAACGUCUCAAGAAGGAGGCCGCCGCCAAGGGCCGCGAGAUCCAGGAGCUCAAGAAGCAGCUCGUGGCGUCGCGGCAGUCGGGCGGCGGGGCCUCAGCGAUGCAGGUCGACAGCCCUGGCGCCGACAAGCCUGCGGGCCCCGAGGCAGACAAGGCGGUGCUCGAGCGGCUCACCGCCGCCAUCGCCGCCAUUGGGGGCGCCCCCGACGAGCUCUUGGCUAAGCCGGUCGGAGCCCGUCUUCACCUCCCCACCAAUCGCUGCGCGGCGCUCGAGAAGAAGAAGAAGGAGCGCCAGCUGGCCGCCCUGGACAAGCUGCAUGCGCAGAUCCAGGAGAUCCAGCUGGCCGUCGCCGACGCAGAGAAGGCGCUGCUGGAGACGUCCAAGGAGCUCGUGGCCGCCGAGGCGGACAGGCGCAGCGCCGCGGCGCUGGCGCCGCGCCCCGAGGCGGGCGUCUUCUCUCUCAAGGCGACGAUCCCCGCCCUGGACUUGUCAGUCUCCGACGUGGGCAAGAUGCUGGAGGCGGUCGGUGCGGGCGCGUCUCUUGCCGAGUCUAUCCAGGCUAACUUCGCGAAGCUGCGCGAGCUUGAUGCUGCCGCAGCGGAGCGAGGACGUGCACAGGAGAGAGCUGCCGCGGCUGAGCCGCCCACCAGCGCCGCGGCCAGCAGCGCUGGCAGCGCGAGUGCAGGAGCUGCCGACCUUGCCGAGCAUCUUCCUGUCCCUGCCGACGACGGCGACCUGGGCGAGCUGCAAGCCUUCUACCGCGUGGUCUUCGACGCCGAGCCCCCUGGCAGCGAG